AUGACACAUCUCGCGUUAUGGUUUUAUUUGUGUUUUAAUUAUGUGUUAUCACAUAAAUUAAAUGAAGUGUUUUCGUGGAAACAACUGAAUUAUGACAUUAACGGUGUUUUUUAUAGGAAAAAUGAAAAUUACGAAAGGAGACCAGACGGCGUUUAUUUUGACGACGAACUGGAGGAAAGGGACAAAUUCUUUUUACAAUACAACAACGUACCUAUAGGAUUUGAAUACGAUGGCCAUCGUGUGUUUGUCACCGUUCCGCGACGAAGACACGGCAUCCCAUCAACAUUGAACUAUGUGCUUCUUGGGGACAAAUCACCAUCACUACAUCCAUAUGCAGCUGGUACUAAGCUGGUCUCCGUGUAUAGACCAAGAAUUGACGUAUGUCAACGACUCUGGAUGGUGGAUACUGGACUUCUCGAAGUUCCUGGUGAAAGGCAGCAGGUCCAGAAACCGUCGAUUGUGAUAUUUGAUUUGAAAACUGAUAAACAGAUAUUAAAACAUGAACUAAAGGACAGUGACUUAUUCAACGAAAGGACUUCAGGAGGUCUCACCUCAAUAACUGUGGACGUAAACAAAUCGAAAUGUAAUGAGGCAUUCGCAUAUAUAACGGAUUUAGCUACGAAUGGUAUUAUAGUGUUUUCCCUGAGCGCUAAAACCACUUGGAGGAUCGAAGACCCAUCUUUUGUGUUUGAUAAGACAGCCUUAAAUUUUACAGUGGCAGGCCAUACAAUAAGUUGGCCUGAUGGAAUAUUCAGUUUGGCAUUGGUGGAUUUGAAUGGAAGAAGAAUGGCGUACUAUCAUCCCUUGAUGUCCACAAAUGAAUACAUGAUAGACACGGGGUACUUGAAAAACAAUUCGUUUCAAGGAAAUAAUAAGCUGUUAGGCAACCGCGGUCCUAAAACGCAAAGCGGAAGUCACGCCUACCACGAGAAGUCGAAAACAAUUUUCUAUGCGAACGUUGCGAAUGACGCCAUCUUGUGUUGGAAUGUGGAAAAGAAGAUGGCGCCCGAAAAUGUGGCCAUUGCGGUUCAAGAUCACGAGAAAUUAGUGUAUAUUUCUGAUUUGAAGGUGAUCGGAGACGAGGUGUGGGUAUUAGUGAAUCAGAUACCCCGAUUCGUUUUCUCCACGUUGGAUACGAAAGAGCCCAAUUAUUUUAUACAUAGGUCCCAAGUCAAGGAUUUGAUUCGAGGCACCGUUUGUGAUAGAAAAUGA